CUCUCUCUAAAACCUCUUACUCUCUUUAGCUCCUUCAUCACCGUCUCAACCCACGCCACCAUCUUCGUCAUGGGCCCACCGUCUCCUCCUGCCGAUGGUGAAGUCAGAUCAUCGAUGCGGACGGCCUACGCAUGCCCUCCAUCAUCGUCUGAUACGGUGAUAAAUAUGUGGGGUUCUAUAUACAUAUAUAUAUCCACAACUCCAAUGAAAGAUAUUAUUUGAUUUUUUUAAAUAUUUUUUUAGAUAACACAAUUGGGAGAGGAAGUGAGAAUACUUGAAUAAUAAGAAGAGAGGUAAAGAGAUGUGCCACCUAUUUAUUUUAUUUUUCCAAAAUUAUGAGGAUUUAGGAUUCAAAUUUUGGAGUCUUUUGACCUAACAACUACAUUUGGUUAUAGAUAUAGUAUAGAUAUGCCAAUGCUGAGAAACACAGCACAGCUUCCAACCACAUUUACUUACACACACACAAUCAAUUCUCAAAUUAAACCCUAACAUCUCAUCGUAUUCACAGAUUGGUGAACAACAUUUGUCUCACCUCUUGCUCCUCCACCACGCCGGUAGCCAUCGCCGCCGCCUCUAUUAGCCUUGCCGGUCGCCGCCGCCACUAGUAGCCUUGCCGGUCGCAUCUUCUCCGCUCGCCGAUUUGUUGCAUGAAGCGGGAGCAGGAGCGGGAGCGGGGUCGGAAUCGGAGAAUCGUAGACAUUUCAAGAAGCGUUGUGGGAUUUGUUUCAUCAACAAUGGCUGUGAGUACAGUGGCACAGAGGAAAAAAAAUUUAUUUGAACUGCUGAGUAAUGACAAAGUCAAAAGAAUUGUUCUUUACGGGAAGGCUGCAGUUGGAAAGACAUGGACAGCCAGAGAGAUAAGUAAUCUUGCAAAAAAGAAGGGCUUAAUUGACGUUGCUCUCUGGGUAUUUCUGAAUACAGAAUAUGACAAGGACACUCUUCGUGACAGUAUAGCUUGUCAGUUAUCCCUACUUUCCACCACUGGGGAGUCAGAAGCUGACAAUGAUGAUAAGGAGUCGGAGAAGGAGGAGAACCAGGGAGACUUGAAACAGCGGAUAUCUGAUGCUCUUUCCGGAAAGAAGCUGCUUCUGGUUUUGGAUGAUGAAAAAACAAAUGAACCACAGAUGAUGUUUGAUUUGGGAACCUUGCUGAAUCUUGACCAGCGAGAUUACAAAGUUUUAAUCACUAAAAGAGAGAGCCUCAAUAGUGAUAGUUCUGAGGAUGGUGAGAAGUCAGUGAUAGAGGUAAAGCCCUUGUCAGAGGAAGAGUCAUUUUCCUUAUUGCAAGAAAGGGCUGGGACCAGUGCUUUUGUAGUUCCGGAGAUUAAAGAUUUAGCUAAUGAUUUUCUUGGAAAGACUAAAAAUAUGCCUGCUGCAAUUAUCAUGAUGGCAAAAGCCUUCAGUUACGUUUCUAAACAAGGGUCUGGGGUGCAGAUGCUGAAACGUUCCCUGGAGGAAGUACCGGAUGAUGAAAUCUACAACAUAACACAUUUACUGCGCAGUGGAUAUGACUUGCUGCCAAACAGUGUUUUAAUUGACUGCUUUUGGGGAGGUAGCCACUUCUUCCAUGAUUGUCGGCGCAUCCAUUAUAAUGAAUUGAUAGCGUACUGGGUGAUGGAAGGAUUUCUUGGUCACACCAAUCGUAUGGAGAAGGCUUAUGAGAAGGGUCAUGUUGUUUUGAUGGAGCUUAUGGAUUGUCAGAUUCUGAGAAAAGUGGAGGCUGAUUACGUUGUAAUGGAUGGGCCAACGCUGAAUUUGGAUGAAAUUCUCAAGGAAAGGGAAAUGAUAACUUCAGAUCAUUGCUACCGUCGUGGAUUUAGUGGCACAGCCAGUCUGGGAUUAGCUAAUGUGCAUGGGGAUGGAAAGUGGGAAGGCCUUGGAAGAAUUACACAGAAGGAUGGCGUGAUAAAAGCACCUCACAGUGGCAAACAAGGACAGAAAUCCUCUACCUUACUGCUUGAUGGGAAUUCUCUCAGCAGGCACUUUCCUCCUAAUUUCUCUGAGUCCCACCAGGAACUCCGAGUUCUUGCCCUUUUUGACCCUACAUUCAAAAAUUUUUCUCUUUUCCCUUCUGAGAUGAACAAUCUUUGUGUGCUUCUCCUCAGAGGCUGUCAUUUCAUGGAGAAGAUAGACCGCACUCUAAAUUUUGAAAAAUUAACUGUUCUUGAGAUAUCUGGCCCUAGCUUCUUGACGGAAAUCCCAGAUGAUCUUUUUAAGUCUAUUCCCCAUCUUAGGAGCCUCAAUCUAUCUAGGCUGGAUUUUGUGUCAUUACCCUCAUCUUUUUAUGAACUUAGUGAACUAAGCUGGCUCAUCCUUAGAGAGUGUUCUCACUUAACAGAACUGGGAAGUGUGAAAAAAUUUACAAAUCUCAUGGUGAUAGAUCUUUCUGGUUCUACAUCUUUGAGUAGUAUACAAGACAAAAGCUUUUCAUCUAAUAAGGAACUUCAAAUGAUUAAUUUUUCCAAAACAAAUAUUAAGAGCUUACCAUUGAUUUUUAGUCUGAAAAAGCUCACUCAUCUCUUGCUAAGUGGGUGUUUAGAGGUGGAUAGACUGCGUAGCAUUACUUCGGUAGCUACUCUCCAAAUUCUUGAUCUCUCAGAUGCCUGCAAUUUUAAGGAGUUCCAUGAUCAAUCUCUAGCAAAUCUGACUGACCUUAAGAUUCUUGAUCUAUCGAGAACUGCCGUUGAUCAUCUACCUUCUAACGUUAGCAAUCCUCAUCAUUUGUAUUUAAACGGUUGCACUAGUCUAAGUAAGCUCGAAUGCAUAGAAUUACUUACAGACCUUGAAACACUUGAUUUUUCAAAAGCGCAGGUCAAAACUCUGCCAUCUCUUUCCCAUCUCCAUAACAUGCGUCAGCUAUUAUUGUCAUGUUGCUCAAACUUGGAGGAGUUGCCUGACUUGAAUUCCCUUACAAAACUUGAGGUGCUUGAUCUUUCUGGUUGUAGAGCUUUGACAGUCCUACAAGAUAAAUCCUUUGAGCAGAUGUCUCAGCUUUGGAAGCUUGACCUUUCUGAGACUACGAUCAAACGCUUGCCAUCACUUUCAAAUCUUAUCAACCUCCGCCACCUCCUGCUGGAAAAAUGUACCAGCUUGAGUGAGCUUCCACCACUAGAUUCUCUAUCAAAACUUGAGAAGCUAAAUUUGCGUGGUAUUAGCUGUUUUAGAGAGACUGGAGCUGAUUUCUUGAAAAAAAUGGAUCACCUCCAGAUUCUUGAUCUCUCUGAAACCCUGCUAAAACGGUUACCAUCCAUGUCAAACCUCAAAAACCUCCAUCAGCUUUAUAUAAGGGGUUGUCCAGACUUGACAACUGUGCCUGGUUUGAAAGAGUUGACAAAGCUUGAAGUCCUAGAUCUGUCUGAAACUGCAGUUGAUGAUCUGCCAUCCCUUGACAACUUUAGCAACCUCCGUCAGCUUCUGCUUAGAGAUUGUCCAGGCUUAAAAGAGUUCCUGCAACUGGAAGUGCUCCAUCUGCUGGGGGCCACUGUUAGUGGAUUGCCAUAUGGGAUCUCAAAAUUGACCAAUCUUGAACAUCUUGUCCUACCAGGCAUGAAGGAUACUCAAGGAGCUGUGAGCAGCAUGACAAAGGAACCAAAUCAGUAUGGCUGGGGCAUCUCCAGUUUGCCAGUCAAAACAGUUGGGAAUAAUAACAAACCUCCUUUAUCCUUAAGUAGUUCCCAAUUUCUUCAACUUAUGAAAAACAACCAGUCAUUGUGGACAUCAAGCUUCAAGCAAUUCCACUUGUCUAUUCAUCCCAUUGAGGAGCAAGAUACAAAAGGAGUUGUGCCUUUCUACAUGGAUGAUUUUAUGUUCGGAGAUAUCUACUUCAAAAUCAAACAGUUCUGUGAUUUUGAAAAGCAGCAGUCAUUGGAAAUUCGAGGCUUCCAGCGUUCCCCCAAGGGUAUUAAGGAGGUUCUCAGUCUUGCUGAAUUUGUAUUUUUGAUCGACAAUGCAUUUGAAAGCUGGUUAUCUGAUUUAGGUGCUUCCAACUUCAAGGUACUGAAAGGCUGUUGGAUAGAGAGAUGCAAAGAAAUGGAGAGUGUCUUUCAUGCAGAGGAGAUAGAAGAGGUAGCUAAAGUGGAAAGUUUGGAGGUCUUAUGGGUUUCCAAUUCUCUCAAUUUGAAGUGUAUAUACCCUGAGAACUGGCAAAGUCACACCUUUCAAAACCUUAAGUGUCUGUAUCUGGAUUGUUGUCCAAAACUGUCAUUUGUUUUCUCUUCUUACCAGCUGCCAAAAAGCCUUCAGGUUCUUCAAAUUAAGUUUUGUGAUAAAUUGAAGGCUGUGUUUGAAGAAGCAUCACCAAAGCCCAAAUUGCCAAAGUUAGACACAUUGUGUCUGUGGGAAUUGCCAGAAUUGAAGAGCAUUGGGUGUGUGUUGCCAUCUCAGGUAAUUGUAAGCGUUUGGAAAUGUCCAAAUCUAGAGGAGUUUGAAGGGAAAAAAAAUGUCAAAUUGGCUAGAAGUUUAUAGAUUUUGUGGAUUCGCUACAGCAUUGGUUUUGAAGAGCUUUUUCAGUUGAAUCUUGCAACCAGAUAUGGAACCUAGAUAUCUGACUCUCGGGAGUGGCCCCAUACUUUUAAGUUGUAAAUGUUGUCAUUCCAGCUGCGAGACAUUCUUGAGACUCUCCAAAUGAAAUCUUGCAAUCAAGUGGAGACUAGGUUUGUACACAGGAUGUCGGUGACCAAAAUGUUCCCAUGUGAUGCAUUGCUUUUACAGGAUUCCUGAAAUCAAGGAGAACUACAGCCAUCCCUAGUGGCAUGACUCCCUAGUACAAUGCCCACAUGUCAGUCACUCCCUAGUGGCAUGACGAAAGGACCUUCUGUUACUUUUCAGAGAAAAUUGAUGUGGGAUGAGUAAAUUAUGUCGACAGAGGACACAUUUCUUGUAAUACUGGCAGACUCUGACUUUUAGCUUUCAAUAUCUCACUUCAGGGCCUACAAUGUGUGAAGUUUUCGUGAAAAAAGGAGAGCACUUAUCCUACGUCCAAGAAUUGAGGCCAAUUCCUCACCAUGAGGAGCUUUUCGUACGAAACACGUACUCAAAUUUUUUCUUAAAUUUUGCCGUACCAUAGAGGUACCUAGUAUAUAUCCAAGGUGUACCCAAGCCGUACCUCAGUCGGAAUUGUAUUUUUUUCUAUAAAGAGAUGGAUUUCGGCCAUUUUGUGACAUUCCUGGUUAAAUUCUUCAGACCAUUCCUUUUGAUCAUAGUCCUGCGGGAAAUGUUUCAGACACCAAUGUGGUAUCACUUUCAGUGUAUUCGACGGGCGCAGCUCUGUUGGCAAGUUGUAACAAGAGAAAUGAGAAAUCCAUAGAACUGAAAGAGAAAUAUGUAAUACUUUCUCCUGAUAUGUGAAAUCUUUACUGUUUGUCAGUGAUGUAAAACUUGCUAAAGGUUCACAACAAAAUAAAUUACUAUGCCGGAUUCUUGCAAGUUGCAUGGUUGUUCAAGUACAAAAUUUGCUCAAGUUUUCUGUAGAAACUCUUUUAUUUUUUGCUUGUCCUUUUACCAUGUUUAUGUCUUAAUAAUCACAAAUUUUGUUAUUUUGGGCA